AUGGAAGGGAAAGAUGAAGAUGUUAGACUUGGAGCAAACAAAUUUUCAGAAAAACAAGGGUUAGGAACAGUGGCACAAGAUAGAGAUUACAAAGAACCACCACCAGCACCACUGUUCGAACCUGGAGAGUUAACAUCUUGGUCAUUUUAUAGAGCUGGAAUUGCGGAAUUUAUUGCAACUUUCUUGUUUCUUUACAUAAGUAUUUUGACUGUUAUGGGUUACAGUCGUACAGCCAACAAAUGUUCUACUGUUGGUAUUCAGGGUAUUGCUUGGGCUUUUGGUGGAAUGAUCUUUGCUCUUGUUUAUUGUACUGCUGGAAUUUCUGGAGGUCACAUUAACCCAGCAGUGACAUUGGGUUUGUUCUUGGCAAGGAAAUUGUCCUUGACAAGAGCAGUGUUCUACAUGAUAAUGCAAUGCUUGGGUGCCAUUUGUGGUGCUGGUGUGGUUAAGGGCUUCCAACCCACCCCCUACAUGACUGCUGGCGGUGGUGCUAACUAUGUCCACCAUGGCUACACCAAGGGUGAUGGUCUCGGUGCUGAGAUCAUCGGUACUUUCGUUCUUGUCUACACCGUCUUCUCUGCCACUGACGCCAAGAGAAGUGCUAGGGACUCUCAUGUUCCUAUCUUGGCUCCAUUGCCAAUUGGGUUCGCCGUGUUCUUGGUUCACUUGGCCACUAUCCCCAUUACUGGCACUGGUAUCAACCCUGCUAGAAGUCUUGGUACCGCAAUCAUCUUCAACAGACACCACAACUCUUGGAACGACCACUGGAUCUUCUGGGUGGGACCCUUCAUUGGAGCAGCACUAGCAGCAGUGUACCACACAGUGGUGAUCAGGGCAAUUCCAUUCAAGUCCAAGUCGUAA